CCAAGGUAAACCAAUACGAGUAAUAUUGUCAAUCACAUCCACAAUCACAACCAUGACCACCGGCGAAUUCUAUAACAUCGUGAAGCUCGUGCCCAAACCGGGCAAAUUCAACGAGCUUCUGGGCGCUUUCAAAUCAUUCUCAAAGCAUGUCCAGGCAAACGAGCCAAAGACGCAAAUCUACUGUGCUCUUCGUCCGGACAAGAGCGAGGAGUUGGUGUUUAUUGAGAAGUAUACCGAUUUGGAGAACCUGAAGGCCCAUGGGACAUCCCCUGAGUUCAGGAAGUUCUCUAAGGCCAUUGGACCUUUACUCGCACGGGCUCCGGAGAUGACGAAAGCUGACUUUGUUGGCGGGUUCGAGGGUAGAUCGAAGCUUUAAGAAUACUUAGAGUCUGCUUGAGCGUUCGAGGUUGAAUGAGUGUGAUAAGUUGUAUGGUAGCCAUGACGAUGGUUGACUAAUGAGAACGCUACUGCUUGAGUUGCGUCUUUCGAAUAUAUACUGGGCUUUCAUUUGUCCAUG